AUGGAGGAAACAAUGGCGGCUAGGUACUGGUGUCACAUGUGUUCACAAACGGUGAAUCCAAUAAUGGAAUCUGAGAUCAAAUGUCCCUUUUGCCAAAGCGGGUUCGUGGAAGAAAUGAGCGGUAAUGGCCGUGGAGGUGGAGGCAUAAGAGACGCUCAAGACCCAGAAACCGAUUUCGGAACAGACCGUGCAAUGUCUCUGUGGGCUCCAAUCUUGCUUGGGAUGAUGAGCAGUCCUCGGAGACGAAGAAGGUUCAGGAGAGCAGAGUUUGGCGAAGAGAACGAUGAUGAUGAUAAUACCAACAACAAUGGCGAUGAAUCGAGUAACGCUGAUGGAAACGAUAACAGCAGCAGUAAUGUGUAUCGUCCUCAUCGAGCUAGGCGACAUGGUGGAGAGAUUGAUUUGGAUAGAGAGUUUGAAUCCAUCUUGAGGAGAAGACGAAGAAGCUCGGGGAACAUAUUGCAGCUGCUUCAAGGGAUUCGUGCAGGGAUCGCUUCUGAGUAUGAGAGCUCUGAUAAUCACUGGGAGAAUCGAGAGAGGGAUCAUAACAGCAAUAGAGUUAUAAUGAUCAAUCCGUUUAAUCAGUCGCUCGUUGUUCAGGGAUCUUCUGAUCAAACUCAGAACCAUUCUGCAUUGACUUCACUUGGAGAUUACUUCAUCGGACCAGGAUUAGAUCUUUUGCUUCAGCAUUUGGCUGAGAAUGAUCCUAAUAGGCAAGGGACACCACCUGCUCGUAAAGAAGCCGUUGAAGCUUUACCAACGGUGAAGAUAACGGAACCGUUGCAGUGUUCUGUUUGUUUGGACGAUUUUGAGAAAGGAACGGAAGCUAAAGAGAUGCCUUGUAAGCAUAAGUUUCAUAUCCCAUGUAUUGUCCCGUGGCUUGAGCUUCAUAGCUCGUGUCCCGUGUGUCGGUUCGAGCUUCCUUCCCCGAAUGAUGAUGAUGAUGAGGCUAAGGUUGAAUCGGAGAGACCAGCGAGGACAAGAGCCCUUCCUGAGAUCAGUAACCGAAACGUUGUUGAGAAUGUGGGCAGUGUGGAGAGAGGAAGAGAGGAUGAUACGAGGAGCGGGAAUGGAAGAAGGUUUUCGUUUCCAUGGCCAUUCAGUGGUUUGUUCUCUUCUUCUUCUUCUUCUUCGUCUUCUUCAUCCUCUGGAUCUCAAUCUGGUGAGAACAAUUCCUACUCAAGAUCUUCUGGCUCUUCUCGCUGA